AUGUCGAAUGGGUAUUCCGCAGACAAGAGUUUCCGCUACCUCAUCUCGUGCUUCAGGGCCAGAGUGAAAAUGUACAUCCAGGUGGAGCCUGUGCUGGACUACCUGAGCUUCCUGACUGCAGAGGACAAGGAGCAGAUUCAGAGGACGGCUGUCACGGCCGGGAACAUGCACGCAGUGGAACAGCUUCUGAGCACCUUGGAGAAGGGGGUCUGGCCCCCCGGCUGGGCUCGGGAAUUUGUGGAGGCCCUGCAGAGAGGGGGCAGCACUCUAGCCGCCCGCUACAUGAACCCGGAGCUCACUGACUUGCCCUCUCCGUCAUUUGAGAACGCUCAUGAUGAAUGUCUCCAACUGCUGAACCUCCUUCAGCCCACUCUGGUGGAUUCGCUUCUCGUUAGAGAUGUCUUGGAUAAGUGCGUGGAGGAGGAACUGUUGACAGUUGAAGACAGAAAUCGGAUUUGUGCUGCAGAAAAUAAUGGAAAUGAAUCGGGUGUAAGAGAGCUACUAAAAAGGAUCGUGCAGAAAGAAAACUGGUUUUCUACAUUUCUAAAUGUUCUUCACCAAACAGGAAACAAUAAACUUGUCCAAGAGUUAACAGGCGUUGAUUACUCAGAAAACAAUGCAGGGAACGAGAACUUAUCACAGGAAGAUGGUGCUGAAACUGAAGAGCCACAUCUUCUGGCAACAGAUCAGCCAUGUCCAGGGACAGAGAAUGAGGGCAUCGAGAACAAUUCAUUAGAAUCAUCUCUUGCAGAUUCUUCUAUAGUUCCAGAAUCAGACACAAGUUUGGCAGAAGGAAGUGUCAGCUGCUUAGAUGAAAGUCUUGGACAUAACAGCAACAUGGGCAGUGAUUCAGGCACCAUGGGAAGUGAUUCAGAUGAAGAGAAUGUGGCUGAAAGAGCAUCCCCGGAGCCAGAACUGCAGCUCAGGCCUUACCAAAUGGAAGUUGCCCAACCAGCCUUGGAAGGGAAAAAUAUCAUCAUAUGCCUUCCUACAGGGAGCGGGAAAACCAGAGUGGCCGUUUACAUUGUCAAGGAUCAUUUGGACAAGAAGAAAAAAGCAGCUGAGCCUAGAAAAGUUAUAGUGCUUGUCAAUAAGGUACCAUUAGUUGAACAGCUCUUCCACAAAGAGUUCAAUCCAUUUUUGAAGAAAUGGUAUCGUGUUAUUAGAUUAAGUGGUGACACCCAAAUGAAAAUAUCAUUUCCAGAAGUUGUCAAAUCCUAUGAUGUUAUUAUCAGUACAGCUCAAAUCCUUGAAAACUCCCUUUUAAAUUCAGAAAAUGGAGAAGAUGCUGGUGUCCUGUUGUCAGACUUUUCCCUCAUUAUCAUUGAUGAAUGUCAUCACACCAAUAAAGAAGCUGUCUAUAACAACAUCAUGAGGCGUUAUUUGAAACAGAAGUUGAAAAACAGUAGACUCAAAAAAGAAAAGAAACCAGUGAUUCCCCUACCUCAGAUACUGGGACUAACAGCUUCACCUGGUGUUGGAGGAGCCAAAAAGCAAGCCAAAGCUGAAGAACACAUUUUAAAAAUAUGUGCCAAUCUUGAUGCAUUUACAAUUAAAACCGUGAAAGAAAAUCUAGAUCAACUGAAAGACCAAAUAAAGGAGCCAUGCAAGAAGUUUGCAAUUGCAGAUGACACCAGAGAAGAUCCAUUUAAAGAGAAACUUCUAGAAAUAAUGACAAAAAUUCAAACUUAUUGCCAAAUGAGUCCAAUGUCAGAUUUUGGAACUCAACCCUAUGAACAAUGGGCCAUUCAAACGGAAAAAAAAGCUGCAAGAGAAGGAAAUCGCAAAGACCGUGUUUGUGCAGAACAUUUGAGGAAAUACAAUGAAGCCCUACAAAUUAAUGACACAAUCCGAAUGAUUGAUGCAUAUAAUCACCUUGAAACUUUCUAUAAUGAUGAGAAAGAGAAGAAGUUUGCAGUCCUAGAAGAUGAUAGUGAUGAGAGUGGGGGUGAUGAUUGUUCCAGUGGUAAAGAUGGGGAUGAUUUAAAGAAAUCUUUGAAACUGGAUGAGACAGAUAGAUUUCUCAUAACUUUAUUUUUUGAAAACAAGGAAAUAUUGAAGACACUGGCUGAAAACCCAGAACAUGAAAAUGAAAAGCUGGCCAAAUUAAGAAACACCAUAAUGGAACAAUAUACUAGGACUGAGGAAUCAGCACGAGGAAUAAUUUUCACAAAAACACGACAGAGUGCAUAUGCCCUUUCCCAGUGGAUUACUGAAAAUGAAAAAUUUGCGGAAGUAGGAGUCAAAGCCCACCAUCUGAUUGGAGCUGGACACAGCAGUGAGUUUAAACCUAUGACACAGAAUGAACAAAAAGAAGUCAUUAGCAAAUUUCGUACUGGAAAAAUAAAUCUGCUGAUCGCUACCACAGUGGCAGAAGAAGGUCUGGAUAUCAAAGAAUGUAAUGUAGUUAUCCGUUACGGUCUCGUCACUAAUGAAAUAGCCAUGGUCCAGGCCCGUGGUCGAGCCAGAGCUGAUGAGAGCACCUAUGUCAUAGUUGCCCACAGCGGUGCAGGAGUUAUUGAACGUGAGACAGUUAAUGAUUUCCGAGAGAAGAUGAUGUAUAAAGCUAUACACCAUGUUCAAAAUAUGAAACAAGAGGAGUAUGCUCAUAAGAUUUUGGAAUUACAGUUGCAAAGUAUAAUGGAAAAGAAAAUGAAGAUCAAGAGAAGUAUCGCAAAAUAUUACAAGGACAACCCAUCACUAAUAACUUUCCUUUGCAAAAACUGCAGUGUGCUAGCCUGUUCUGGGGAAGAUAUCCAUGUGAUUGAGAAGAUGCAUCAUGUCAACAUGACACCAGCAUUCAAGGAACUCUACAUUGUGAGAGAAAACAAAGCACUGCAAAAGAAGUUUGCUGACUAUCAAACAAAUGGCGAGAUUAUCUGCAAGUGUGGCCAGCCUUGGGGAACGAUGAUGGUGCACAAAGGCUUAGAUUUGCCUUGUCUCAAAAUAAGGAAUUUUGUAGUAGUUUUCAAAAAUAAUUCAGCAAAGAAACAAUACAAAAAGUGGGUGGAAUUACCUAUCACAUUUCCCAAUCUUGACUAUUCAGAAUAUUGUUUGUUUAGUGAUGAGGAUUAG